AUGGAUUCUUCUGACGAAGAAGUUCGUAUUCAUACGGAUCGAUUUGAAGAACAAAAACGAAUAUUCGUUCAGGAGUUGAAACAAAUUGAUGAUGAGGCAGAUGAAGAUAAAGAUCUAACCAACAACUUGUUGCAACUAUAUUCAUCGGGGCAAAUACCUAGAGAUCCAGAGCCAAAAGAAGUGUUCACAAGAAGAUAUACGUACCGGGGUCGGGAUGAAUGGCACGAGAAGCUGAUGCACGAUUAUUUUCUUCCCGACUGUGUGUUCUCUGAUGAAAAUUUCCAAGGCCGAUUUCGCAUGCCCCGACAUUUGGUGCUAAAGAUUAUUGGCGAGCUUUGUCAGGUAGAACCUCAAUUUAAUUAUCAGUAUGAUGCACUGAAUAUUAGGGGUCAUAGCCCUGAACAAAAGGUUACUUCGGCCUUAAGGAUUCUAGGAUAUGGCAGACCUCCAGAUUCAAAUGAUGAGUACCUUCGCAUUGGAAAAACAACCGCAUAG